AUGACUAUUUUUAAGACUUUUCCUGAUGAAGAUUGCAUCCGACAUUCUCUAUCAUCUAUGGCAGCUGUUAAUGCAUGCAAUAGGCUUUGUCAAGAAUGGGAAGCAAUUGAUUAUCCUGAUAUAGACAUACGUUAUACAGCUCUUAUUAAAUUAACAAAUACAAUAUGUGAGCAAUGUCAACAUUAUGCAAGACGUACAGCACAUAAAUUAUUGAAUGAUAAAUCUUCGACUGAUUUAAAUUGCACACAAUCAUUGGAUGUUCCGAAAAAAUUAUGUAUCUUAGUUAAUGAUAUUGAAUAUGUUAAGCAAAAACUUCUUUCAUCUUUACCAUGUUUAUUAAAUUUCUCGUCUGUUAUUGAUAAUAUGAUUGAACACUAUGAUUCACCAGAUUUUCAACAAACAAAAGUAACACUUGAACGUUUAAUAUCAACAGCUGAACAUAAAAUGAAUAAUGUUAUUAAACUUAUAUUUGAAUGUGCUUCUACAUUAUUUUAUGUAUCUUUGAAAGAUAAAAUUUCCAAAUACUAUGAAGAUGAAAAACAUAACAAAGUCGAUCCUAUGAAUGAUAUGAAUCAACAUAUUGAUCAAGAAAUUCUUCGUAAAUUAUAUGCAGGUCUUGAAAAAGUUCAAUAUUCUCGUGUUGCUUGUGCCAUACGUUUAAAAGCACUACAAUGUUUAAGGGAAUUAUUACCAUUACAAGAGUCUCCAGAUUUUUAUGAACGUGUUUUACAAUCAUUUGGUCAUUUGGCUUUAUAUUUUGAAAGAGUAUGUCGUGAAGAACAACAUAUACCUGGUCCAUCAUGUGAAGAAAUAACAACUUUUCGACGAACACUUCAACAAUUUGCAUUAUCAACUGAACAAUUACAAUUAAUUUAUUUCCGAGAGAUAACUCAAACACCUUCUCCUCAUGAAUGUUCAACAGAUAAUGGUAUAAUUAUUUUUCAUACUGCAUAUGAAAUCGUCAAUGAUCUUAUUACUAUUUAUGUUCAAAUUCUUUCUUGCCGAGAUUUACCAAGAAUGGAUUAUUUUGGUGCAUCAGAUCCAUAUGUUAUCCUUGAAUUAUUACCAUCCACACUUUAUCCAAAACGUCCAAAAGAACAUAAAACAAUUACAAUAAAACGAACACUUGAUCCAGAAUUUAAUCAACUAUUUCAAUGGUAUCGUCUUCCAGUAAAUAUUGUACAUACUCCGGGUGCGGUUUUACGUCUUAGUGUUUGGGAUGAAGAUAUAGUGAAAGAGGAUGCUUUUAUUGGUGAAUAUUUUGUACCAUUAACAAAUAUUGAAUUUUUAAAAAAUCGUGCAUCAAUGCGUGAUGUUCCUGUGUCAGAAGUACGUCUGAGAAGACAAAAUAAGCAUGCUCAACCAAAAGUAUAUGAAUUAAUUCGAAAUCGUGCAAAAUUUGAUCAAGAAGCAGCUCUUUUUCUUAAACAACGUACUCGCGCAAUGGAAUCAGAAAACGGAAGUGAUGAUGCAUCUGUUAUAAGUGAUGAUAGAAAUUCAUCAGGUUCAUAUGCUAGCACAGCUCUACGCUCAUUACUUUGCAUGCUUCCAUUUAAUAUGGGAUUGAAUUUUCAUUUAACUACUCAUGAUCGAUCAGAUGUUGGUGACGAUGAUGAAAUAAUCUAA